UUAAUGCGAGACGAAGAAUCGUGCAGCCAAUGAUAGAUCAAUCAAAUCGUGCAGAUUAUUUUGCAGUUUAUACACCACAUGCUGGCCCCUCAGGUUACGGUCAUGACGCUAUGGGCUACAUGAUGGACAGUCAAGCGCAUAUGAUGCAUCGUCCGCCAGGCGAUCCUGGUUUUCAUCAAGGUUAUCCACAUUACCCACCUGCCGAGUAUUAUGGUCAGCAUUUGUAAUUGAGCACGCUGAAGUGAGCAAUUCACAAUGGAGGCGGUACCAAAAUCAUAGUAAAAAUAUAAAUAGUUUAAAUAAAAUCUGAAUAUAAAAUAUACAUAUUAUAUAUAUUAUGUCUAA